AUGGAGUCGAGGCCAAACAAUUACACAUUUGGUAGUGUCUUGAGUGCAAUUGGUGAUGCUCAGGAUAUUUCUCUGAAAUUUGGCCAACGAUGCCACUCUUCCUUGAUCAAACUUGGAUUAGUGACUGACCCAAUUAUCGCAGGUGCUCUUCUUGAUAUGUAUGCAAAGCGAGGAAGCAUUUGUGAGUCCAAAAGAGUUUUCAGUGAGACGCCUCAUAAAAGUCAGUUUGCUUGGACUGCAAUAAUAUCUGCAUAUGCUGGGCAUGGAGACUAUGACUCGGUGAUAGAAUUGUUCAAGGAGAUGGAGAAAGAAGGGGUAAGACCAGAUUCGGUCACAUUUCUUUCUUUUCUUUCUAUACUAACAGCAUGCAGCAGAAAGGGAAUGGUGGAGAUGGGCCGGCACCUCUUUCACUCAAUGGUGAAAGACUAUCAUAUUGAACCAUCUCCUCAACAUUAUUCAAGUAUGGUGGACAUGUUGGGACGGGCAGGGAAAUUGGAGGAAGCAGAGGAAUUGAUGAGUCAGAUCCCGGGACAGCCAGGGUUUUCGUUGUUGCAAAGCCUGCUUGGGGCUUGCAGGAUCCAUGGGAAUGUGGAGAUGGAGGAGAGAGUAGCCGAUAGAUUGAUGAGAUUGGAACCAAUGGAAUCAGGUUCUUUUGUGUUGAUGUCCAACUUGUAUGCUGAGAAAGGGGACUGGGAAAUGGUAGCAAAAGUUAGGAAAGGGAUGAGAGAUAAAGGAGUGAGAAAGGAAGUGGGAUAUAGUUGGGUGGAUACUGGCGAUGCUGAUGGUUCCUUAUAUUUGCAUGGGUUUUCAUCAGGUGAUAAAUCCCACCCACAGUCUGGGGAGAUAUGUAGAAUGGCAAAAUGUCUAGGAUUAGAGAUGAAAAUUUUGAGAGAGAACAUGUGGGAGACAAAAUCACUGAAAAUGGACUCCUCCUCAAGGCCCUCACUUUGA